AUGAGUCAAAAUCCAGUUCCACUCUCAUCAUCAGCCAAGGAAUACAACAUCAACUCAAUCAGCAAUGCGAACACCUACAAUGUAACACCUAUCACGAUGCCCUCUUCUCUCCCACAUGAAACUAUAUUUUUUGAAAAUUAUAAAAACUAUUCGGGAAAACCUUAUUACAAUUCAAAUAGUAGCAGUGCGGCAAACACUCCUCUCGGAGUGACCAUCAUUAAUCAGGGUGGAUCUGAAUUAAUUUCAAAUUCUGAGGUGUUUAUAAGUGAUUGUCCACUUAUUAAUCAGAGUGUAUUUGUGAAAUGGUUGCAAGGACUGUCCAUUGAAACGACAUCAAAAUAUUUACUUGAAAAACAGCGAUCAUCACACAUGGAAUAUUUUUCAAAAUAUUCCUUCUUCGUUGAUAGUUAUUACCGGCUCAUUACCAAUGAAGUAGCCUAUCAGUACAGGAUAUUUAACGAUUUUCAACCAUAUUUACAAAACCCAUUAUUAUUCAUGAGCUGCAACACAAUUCUCCAAGUUGCUCCCAGCGUAAAGCAUUUACUCAUACAGCAAUAUUUUAACUUUGACGAAAGAGUUUACAGAGAAUUAAUGGGAAAAAAGCUCACUUCAAAACUGAGAAGAGAUUUAGAAGAAAUUAGUGAAAAGUAUGACAUUGAAAUUAUUUCUGUGCGAAGACAAUUUGAUAAUUUAAAAGCUAUCUUUAAAUUUUUCAAAUCUUCAGCAUCAUGUCCAUUAACGGACCUUGUUUCUCUUGAAAAGUCUGACGAUGGUCAGACCAUACUAUCCAAAAUCAUACAAGAAAAAUUCAUUCUUUCCGAACGAUUGGCAGAAAAAUACGCAACACUUGUAUUUAUGACAUAUCAACGAUUUGAAACGUCCAGAAAAUUCAUGAAAGAUUUCAAUUUUCAAGAUCUUUACUUUUUAUGCAGUCAGAUUUUAAAACAUUGGACUUACGAAGCGAGGAGUAUAAAUACAACAAGUUCCAUCAAGCCUCCCACCAUUAACUUUGCCAAUGACCCAUCGAGCCCAAUUAACAUUUCAACAAGUAUUGAGCAAAAUAUACCAGAGGAAGAGCCCAUCACAGUUUUUGACGCUCACCAAAUUGCAUUGGAUUUUAUCAAGUUUAGAGACAUUAAGACCGUUAUUUUCUCUGACAAGACGCGGCUCAAGGAAUAUGUAUCACUAAUUAUCACGCAGCUUUCUAAUGAUAAGGCCUUCUCUGAUGGAAGUUUGGAAAAGAUUGAUGAAAUUAUUGUGGAAAUGUUAAAAACACUAUUGCAAAUUGGACAAGGUCUUAUCAGCGCUAAGGAAGUAAGAGACAUCUUCAUUGAUUUGGUUGAAAAGUUUAUUGAGCCCAUAGAGCGGAUUGGUUUAACAGGUCACCAAUUCUUCCAGUUGUUGGAAGCCAUUAGAGAAUGUUUUCCCAAAAUUUCAACAGUCAAACCACAGCAUAUUCUCAAGUAUAAUCCAACAUUUUCGCAGUACAUGCUCGUGAUUAGAGACAUUUCUGUGUUCAUGUAUAAAAAGUUUAAUCAUUAA